AUGUGGUUGGAGUCAGACCACAUGAAUGCAGGCGCAGGCGCGGAUUUGAGGCGCAAGGCGUGGGCACGAGGCCCCGAGUGCAAGUGGACCACAGGAUUCGAAAGCAAGACGCAUGGGUUACGUGGUGUUAACAGUCAAGCGGACAUUAUAUUGGUGGGGAAGAUCAACGGGGCUGUUCUUCGAGGACAGCAUUUAUGUUUUUGUGUAUAUCUAGAACCAAGGCGGCGGCGGCGGAUCCUACGGACCAACUCCAGCAGCAGACCACACCCCUGCGACUUCUCAAACGAAAAACAAUUUCUUGCCUACAAAGUAAUCCAACGCUUUAAAAAAACAAUAACCUGCGACCCUCGCAACAUAACCCAAACUUGGUCCGGUUACCGACCCUGCACUUACCGCGGCUUCUUCUUCGAAACGCCCCCUGGCCUCACCAAUACCCCCACCAUCGCAUCCAUAGACUUCAACGGCUACCGGCUCUGCUCCCCUGCUCUCACCGGCUUCGUCGACAACCUUCCCGACCUCGCCCUUUUCCACGCCAACUCAAACAAUUUCUCCGGCACCGUUCCGAAUCUCUCUAACCUUCCUUUCCUCUACGAACUGGACGUCAGUAACAAUCACUUGAGCGGUAAUUUUCCGACCAAUGUUCUCCGACUCAGUAACCUUACCUUCCUUGACAUCCGGUUUAAUAGGUUCGCCGGUUCGGUUCCGGGUUUUAUUUUUACACUCCGGCUCGAUUAUCUUUGUCUUAAUAAUAAUCAAUUUGAUCAACCGCUUCCUGCUGAUAUUGGGAAUUCACCGGUAAUGUAUCUGACAUUGGCCAACAAUGGAUUUACGGGUCCUCUCCCACCUUCUAUCUGCAAUGCUUCCAAUACUCUUCUUGAGGUGCUGUUCCUGAACAACCACCUCUCCGGCUGCCUCCCGGCGGAAAUCGGCAGUCUGAAAAAAGCCACAGUAUUCGACGCCGGCUAUAACCAACUGACCGGCACCAUACCCUCCUCCUUCGCCUGUCUACUAAAGAUCGAACAGCUCAACCUCGCCGUCAACAAACUCUACGGCGAAGUUCCCGACGCCUUAUGCCGACUAGCUGACGUCGGAAGAUUACUUAACCUCUCUCUUUCCCAAAACUACUUCACCAAAAUCGGCCCCUGUUGCUGAAGCUUGA